UUUGUUUCUUUUGAUUAAUUCUAUAAGUUUAAGUAGAAAUUUAAGUUAUAUUGUUUCUGUCAAUAUUCACUCCAUAAUUAUAAUCAAACAAAGAUAUCGUUUCCUCUAAAGUUUAUCCAGCAGCUUCUCUUUUAUCAUCUCUACUGGCUCGAAAAGUCCUCGAUUUCUGUUGUGAGAUGUCAAAAAUGUCGCUAUUUACUUCUAAAAAUUUAGAAAUUUUUGUUAAUGAAUUUCUAAAGGAAGAUCUGAAACAACUAGAGCACCAUAUAAAUAACUACAACGGUGAAAUCAUGGAAUAUGUGCAACUCAAAAAUACAUUAGAGGCGCUAAAUGAAAACUCGGAUGGUUCCUUCAAAACACAAAUGGAUAUUGGAGGCAAUAUGUUCAUGGAGGCUAAAGUGGAUAACCCCUCCAACUCUGUCUUGGUUGAUGUAGGAAAGGGUUAUUUUGUGGAAUUCACCUUGGAGGAGGCAUUAAAAUUUCUUGAAUUUAAAGUAAAGGUGCUUACAAAUGAAUGUAAUGUUCUGCGUGAAGAAAGUGUGAAAAAACGGUCCGAUAUAAAACUUGCGUUGAUGUGCAUUGCUGAACAAGAAAACUUCUACUCAAACAAACAAGAUUAAGAGGCGUUUAAGAUGUUCGUAAUUUGUAAAUAAGCGUUUUAUCAGAUUAAGUGAAUAUAAUUUUAUGUAUAAAAAUAAAACGUUUUUUGUUUUAAAAUAUUGUA